AAUAACAAUAGUUGGAAUGCUGUUGAACAGCAUUCCCACUAAUAAAAUAGCCAUGACUAAAGAGAACCGCUGUAUGACAAUGGCAACACAGCCGCUGGCUGUUUCCUUUGGCUAAGAAUGUAACCAUGCAUCCCAAAGCAACAAUACAGGCUUAACCACUUUGGGAAAUAACUGUGUGUAUUAGCCCAUAAAAUGCUUCACGGUAGUUUAGAAACGCUGGACUUUCCUGUAAGUGACGAGGAUGUAUUAUCCUAUUGUCUACGUGAAGCCACACCUCCGCCGGGAAAAAGAUAAAUAAGCACCUGCCGAGCAUCUCUGCUUCAGGUCCCCAAACCAGAGCGAGGCUGAGAGGCAUCUGUCGCAGCGCAACAUCUCAACUAUCCAACCCACUGGGUCUCUGUCGGUUCAUCAUGGAGGCGCAGCGGUAUCCCAUCAGCGUCCGUGUAACCGGAGCAAUGCACAAGGAGAAGAGCAAAACCUACGUGACAUCCGUGCUUUGGUCAGACCAGAAUGAUAUUGUGGUUUACAGGACUUUUCAGGAUUUCAAGAAAUUUCACAAACAAAUGAAGAAGUUGUUCCCACCCGCAAGUAAAAGGCGCAAAUCCGACAGAACCAUCCCCAGCUUUCGAGACAAAAAAGUGAUCCGGGGCGGCCAGAGGAAUGGUCCCACAAAGUCACUAGAGCGCAUCAAGUUGUUGCAGAAAUAUUGUGAUGAACUUCUGAGCUGCGACCCGCGGGUCUCCCAGUCUGCAGAGUUCAUCCAGUUCUUCCAACCCAAAGACCAGGACCUGCAGCCGGAGUUCGCCAAGAACAGCAUCAUGAUCAUGCCAUCAGACGAAGUCGGGGCCAAUGCUGGACAGAACAGCGGUGGUAACGUGACCCAGCCGUUCAUCACAGAGACGUACAGAUGUGUGGCCACUUACGAGACCAAAGACACCAAGAACAAACCUUUCAAAGUGGCCAUGGAUGAAAAAGUAGACGUACUCAUCAAAGACAAAGCAGGGUGGUGGCUUGUGGAGAAUGAAGACAAGCGGAUGGCCUGGUUUCCUGCCCCCUACCUGGAGAAGCUAGAUGAUGAUGAUGAUUGGGAUGAAGAUGCAAUUGAUGGGACUUCUGAAAGUGGAAUGCUGUACACUGCUGUCAAGGGCUACAAAGCCACCAAAGAUGACGAGAUAACCGUGGCCAUCGGUACAGUGGUGGAAGUUCUGCAGAAGUCUGACAACGGCUGGUGGCUCAUCAGAUACAAUGGUAAAGAAGGUUACAUCCCCACUAUGUACCUGCAGCCCUAUGUCCACCCUCACGUCCGCAUGACAGCCCACCAUCAAGAUCGCUGCUCCUCCCCACAAUUCCUCUCCUCGAGCCUGGAACAGCAGUCCAACCGGCUCAGCCACUCACAAGGAAACCUGCUGCAAAUUCCAACCGCCAAGUCUCCCUCACCCCGCCUGGCCAAACCAUACAGCCAGCAAAGAUCACGCUCUCUAGAGAUCGAAGGUGAACAACCUCCUGCUCAGCCUGCAGGGAAAAACGCCGCCCCUGCUACAAACGUUGCCACCUCACCAACGACUGCAAAGUGCACCGCUCCGCCCACGAUCAUGGUGGAGAUGGACGGAGAAGAGGAGAAACGUGGCAUUAUCCUAAGAGCACAUAGCGAGGGAAGCGAGGGAAGCGACAGCUGCGACAGCAGCGAUGACCUCAAUUCUUCCUGGGCGAGCUCCUCGUCCUUCAACCUGAGCCAGAGUUACAACGAGGAGCAGCUGCGUUACAGCCGCACGCCUCCCACCAUGGAGAACAACCGUCUUAACCCGACAAUCGGCCCACAUGGGAAAAUAAUGACUCCCAGUGUCUCUGAUCCCAACCUCUACAAGGGCCCGACAACACCCAAGGUGCCACCCAGACCGCGGGUCCAGGAGAUCCUCACCCGGUGUACCACUGUCACCCGCAAGAAUGCAAACAAAGGCCGCCUGUCACACACACAAACAGAGAUAAUAAGUCAAUGAAGUUUCUCUUGAGGUUAGCUUUAUUUUUUUAGUUGCAGAGUAGUUUAGUUAUAAUGAAGUAGAGGUGUCGCAUCAGAUGCAAUAAAGUUGUUGUGCCAGCACUUUUUUUUUGUCCUGUCAAUGUUGUUUUCAUAAUCUUUGAAGAGAUUGCCAAUAAGUAUGCAGAUGUAUGCAAAUGUACAAUGGCCUUCAGUAAAAUGAGCGUGUAUAUAUAACAUGUCUAUACAAUCGGUUUUGAAUGAUCACUUAUUUUUCAUACUGGAAACCUCGUGUUGUGCCUUAUAUGCAUUUGACUGUGCUGAGCGCACAGAGAAAGAUGGAUUUUGUUCUUGUGACUGUAGUAAUGCCGCGUUCUAUUUACCUCGGAACUCGGUUUCAACGAGGUCAAAGUCGGGACACACGCCCCCUGACCUCGGAUUUACGAGCUCGGAACUAGGGACAACCUCGCAGUAGCCAGAGUUCAAAAUCCAACAUGGCUGCCCCCUGUAUCAACAGUUGUGAAAGCUGCAGUAACAUAAAGUUAUAAGCACUUCUGUCUUAU